CUUCGCCUAGAACAACGAAAACUCAACUCUUCUAUUUUAAUACAUUAUGGUUCGCUGCUUUCGCCAGUGCGAUAGGGUUGUUCUUGCCGUUGCUCAGCGCUAUUUACGAGUACCGCAAUGAUCCGAUCGUUCUUGGGAAAAGUGUGAGUCUUUGCGCGGCCGUCGCUCAGGUGACUAUUAAAAUGAUCAUGUGUCGUUCGCAGCAGAAGCAAUUUCAGGUGCUGUACUUUGACAUGGAGGAAUUCUGCAAACGUGCCACGCCGUCUGAAAGAAUCGUUCUCCAACGUUACGUGGACAGAUACAAAUACUUCCAUGGCGUUUACACGCUGUGGUGCUUUCUCACCACGGUGUUCGUCAUAAGUGGCCCAUUGUACUCACCGCAGACCUUCCCGACGCACGCGAUAUAUCCAUUCUCGGUGGAACGUCAGCCACUGAAAUGUUUCAUAUUUUUCCAUCAAUCGUUGGUUGGCUUUCAGGUGUCGUCCGGUAUGGCCACCGAUACUCAGGUAGCUCUUCUCUUGCGAUACACGGCUGCGAGGUUCGAGCUUCUCGCGAUGCAGUUGCAUGCCGCCAAGUCUGGCCGUGAGUUGAACGCCUGUAUAAAAGAGCACAGUGAGCUUCUUAGGUAUACAAGAAAAGUGUGCGAGAGCGUCAGAUUUUUGGUAUUGGCGACAGUCGCGACGACAACCAUAGCCGUGAUAUUUGGCAGUUUAAAUUUGGUCACUGACCAGCCGCUGCCAUUGAAAAUUCUUUACGCGAUCAUAGUAUUUAGCGCCAGUGUGGAGCUCUUCAUGUACGCUUGGCCCGCUGACAAUCUGAUGCGUAUGAGUGCAAGAAUUGCUAUAGAUGCCUACAAUACUAAUUGGUUCGAAAGUGACUUGGCGAUGCAGAGGAAGAUAUAUUUCAUCAUUCGGAGGUCUCAAAAGCUGGAAAUUAUUCGUAUCAAUGGUAUCGUGCCAAGGUUAUCAUUGCUUUACUACGCAAAGUAUUUGUACAAAUCCACCUCCUAUUUUGCCGCACUGAGAAUCAUUGUUGAAAAAUGAACGUCGAUUGAAAUCAUUUGGAACACUAUGCGAAAUAACGAGUGUUGUGCUAUGAUAUUGUGCAACAAAAAGGUUUCUCAGAAAGA